UGUUCUAGGCUUGGGCACCCUGUGGUGCUCGUCAGCGAUCAGAUCAGCGGAUGAUCCCAAAUAAAAAGCAAGAUGGCAGCAGAAGGGAUGUCAAUGACUAUUUUCGUUUUUCUUUAUGUUUUAACUCUACGGAUAUUCAAUAAAAUGCUGUCAAAGGCAGCCGUUAUGAUCAUUAGAAUUUUGAAUAAAAGUGACCCGAAAGAAGAUGAAUCAGUUGCUCAAAUGAAGAAACUCAUAGCAGAACAACAACUUAUCAGUGCACAGGAUGAAUUUGCUAAAUAUGCUAGACUUCAGAGGAAGAUAGACAAACUGAAAGAUGAAGUUAAUUCAUUUGGUUCAGAAAGAAGAAAGGCUGAAGGAAAACAUAAGCUAAUAUCAAAAGUAUUAAUUAUGAUGUCAAUUUUUGCAAUCCACAUCACCUUCCUGAUAAUGUACAGGAAAGAUCCCGUAAUCAUCCUGCCACACCAGUGGUUCUAUCCCUUCACUUUUAUCCUUUCAUUACCUACUGGUAUUUCAGGUGCAAUUGGGCUUCCAUGCUGGAUGUUAACAUGUAACAAAAUUAUAGAAAAGAUUAUUUGAUAAAAUGAACUGACCAAAAUAAGAUGACAGUAAGUUUGGUAGAGGGGAUGUAUGGUUAGUAUACCUAUCUGCUACACCAACCAGUAGAAGUACUUGGGCAUAAUGUAUAUUUAUUUUGUUGCACACAACACAUAAAUAAUUAUAUUUUGAUAUCCAUAUCUUUUCAUGUAUAAAUUAAGAAUGGUGUUCUGCRUAAAAUAAUAAAUAUUUCUACUCUGAUA